UAUAUCUCUCUCCUCAUAAGUUGUUCACUCUUUUGGUCUAUUCUUAUCUCCAUUGUAGACAACUGUGGCUACUCCAAAAGAUGGUUCAAAGACUUACAUAUCGUAAGCGGCACAGUUAUGCCACCAAAUCCAAUCAACAUAGGGUUGUCAAAACUCCCGGUGGAAAGCUAAUUUACCAGACCACCAAGAAGAGAGCCAGCGGUCCUAAGUGUCCAGUUACUGGGAAGAGAAUCCAAGGGAUUCCACACUUGAGACCUGCUGAAUACAAGAGAUCCAGAUUGUCAAGAAACCGCAGGACUGUGAAUCGUGCUUAUGGAGGUGUGCUGUCUGGAAGUGCCGUAAGGGAGAGAAUCAUCCGUGCCUUCUUGGUUGAAGAACAAAAAAUUGUGAAGAAGGUUUUGAAGAUUCAGAAGGCAAAGGAAAAGCUAGCCUCAAAGUAGAUAGACUGAAGUUCUAUUAUGAUUUCAGAUAACUUAGCUUUGAUGACGAUGAAGAUGUGUGAAAGAACAUUUUGGAAUGCAAGUACUAGAUUUCAAGUAGAAUUUAAGCUCUCGUAUGGUUUUGUAAUCUCCUUAUUGAAACUAUUGGCUCCUGACUGGAGGAGGUUGUUUCCUCUUUCCAGUUCAAUGAUAUUUUAAUGCAUGAUAACUCAAUUUACUUUA